AUGCAAUUCAACACGCUCCGUCUAGCUCUCUCCGCCGCUCUCUUGAGCGCCACCUGUAUCAUAUCUGCCCCUGCUCCGACCCUUGGUCUAGGCAUUGGCGGUGGGCUUGGAAUCGGAAUCGGCUUAGGAGGCGGCUUAGGAGGCGGUUAUGGUGGAGGAUAUGGUGGAGGAUAUGGUGGAGGAUAUGGCGGAGGAUAUGGCGGAGGCUACGGAGGAGGCUAUGGCGGUGGUCUCGGAUACGGUGGAGGUCUCGGCUACGGGGGUGGUUUAGGAUAUGGAGGUGGAUUGGGCUACGGGGGAGGCUAUGGAGGUGGUCUUGGAUACGGAGGAGGUUACUACUAGAUUGACUGAGAGCCACAGUGAUUCAUCAAUUCCGAGCGGCCAAAAGUA